AGAAAAAGAGAGAAAAGACAGAGAACUCCUGAGAAAGAGCGAUAUGGAAGCAGUGGUGGCAGCAAAACCGAUAAUCAAAGUGGCGGCGCUUUGUGGGUCUCUUCGUAAAGGCUCGUACAACCGCGGCCUGAUUCGCUCCGCGAUCGAGAUAAGCAAGGGAAUCAACGGCCUGCAUAUAGAGUACAUUGACAUAGCGCCUCUGCCGAUGCUCAACACUGACUUGGAAGGCGAGGGAACGUUCCCGCCGGCCGUGGAAACUUUCCGGCAGAAAAUCAAAGCGGCUGACAGUAUUCUCUUCGCCUCGCCGGAGUACAACUACUCCGUCACCGCACCUCUGAAGAAUGCAAUUGACUGGGCAUCUAGGCCACCAAAUGUUUGGGGAGAUAAAGCAGCUGCAAUUGUAAGUGCUGGAGGAGGCUUUGGUGGAGGACGCUCGCAAUAUCACCUUCGGCAGAUUGGAAUUUACUUGGACCUUCAUUUCAUUAACAAGCCUGAGUUUUUCUUGAAUGCAUUCCAGCCUCCGGCGAAGUUUGACGGCGACGGCAAUUUGAUCGAUGAAUCGGUGAAUGAGAAGUUGAAGGAAGUUCUUAUAUCCUUGCAGGCAUUUACUUUGCGCCUCCAAGGCAAGCAAUGAAAUCAUGCGUGUGAGAUUCUCUGGUGAAAAAUACUGUGUGAUUAAUUUGCUGGCAUUACGAGUUAUCUGAUUCUUUAUGCCAAGAUUGUGUCAAUGAACAUUCGAAUUGGUCUUUUUAUUUGUUUUUUGUUAUUCUCUGUACAAGUGAAGUUGAAAAUCAGGCAUCCAUGCCAUUUGCUCU